AUGAUUUUUGGAAACUAUUGCAAACCUGCUGCUCGCGCGAUGGGGAAAUGCUCUCUUCGCAGCCUAGCAUGGUUGCUGGCCCCGAACGCUGUGUCGAGUUCACACAAUCAUAGAGAGCUGUUGGGUCUCCGAGGAGCAGUUCAUCUGCCUAAGAAGCAUUCAAUCAGAAUUUUGGAACCACCUCCUGCUGCCAAUGUGACAGUGCCAAUCCACGCCAUGAAGGGAUCCCAUCAUGCUGAUAUUUACAUCGGUUCGCCACCCCAACGACAAACUGUUAUUCUCGAUACUGGCUCUCGAAUUGUCGCAUUUCCCUGCAAAUCUAAGGUGGCAGGAAACUGCAAAGGAUGCGGAAAGCAUGUUAAUCCGUACUUUGAUGUAACCAAGUCCACAACACAUCGGUUUUCCAAAUGUGGGAGUUGCUUAAUGGACGGGAUAUCUACUUGUUCUUUGUAUGGGAAUAGAUGCGCAAUGGAACAAAGAUAUACAGAAGGUAGCAAAUGGUCUGGGGAUGAAGUGGAGGAUGUUGUCUGGUUUGGUUCUGCCGAUAAGUUGGAAAGUGUGGAAGUUGACAUGCAGCUAGCCGUCUUUCACGCUUUCGGUUGUCAGUCCAAAUCAGAAGGUCUAUUCCGAGAACAAUAUGCUGAUGGAAUUUUGGGUCUAGCCCUAGAUGAUAGAUCCAUCAUCUCAGCGACUCACAAGGCUGGAGCCAUUGCAAUCAAUGCAUUCAGUCUUUGCUUAACCCCGAAAGGAGGGACACUAUCAUUAGGAGGAACUCAUCCCACGGAGCAUCACCUUGAAAAAAUGAGAAUGACUCCAAUCACAAGAGACCAUGGUUUGUACAGUAUUGAAAUGGAGUCGCUGGAAGUUGGUGACGUUGUCGUGACAAGUAAGGAAGUCAAGCCAUCGUUGUUAAGACGGAUAAACAAUGGGAAGAAUGGCUGUCUCUUUGACUCUGGGACAACAGAUUCAUUCCUGCCCGCCAUGUUUGCAGACGAUAUGGCACAUAUUGGCAUGAACGUGACAGGUGGGUUGAUGGACUUUUCUAGUGCCAUGAGAACUCGGACAUUUACCUUUGAAGAGUUUCUUAGGCUCCCCGAUAUCACAUUUCGCUUUGCCAACAAUGCAACGUUGGUUUUGCAGUCACAAUAUUACAUGGAAAACACUCCAAUCGACGACUUAACGGGAGAACCACAAAGAUGGGAAAAGAGCAAAUCGCUGUCAAAUAGACUUUAUGUCGAAGAACAGGACGGUGCUGUGCUUGGGGCGAACGCAAUGUUCGGACACGAUAUUUUGUUUGAUGCUCAAGAACACCAAAUCGGAAUUGCUAAGGCCAAGUGUUCUUCGAUUUUUGGCAAAUGA